UUAGUUGGGGUCUUAGGACGGCGGAAGACGGAGAACGGUUUGUCCAGUGAGAGGAUGUCAUAGAAAUUGUGUGAUUUUAAAAAUGAUACCAAAGUGUAAAUUCUAAAAAAGACAACUCUGGAUAAAGCAUGCGAACACACAUGUACAGUUAAAGUUACUCGGAACAUCGUAAACCGUUAACCGGUACACAAGUGUUACGUUACGUUCACGCUAUACAGUUUUUGAAAUGCAACAGUUAGACAGCCGUAUUGGCAUUAGUGAGAACACCACAAAACCCCGGAGCAGCUGCAUCAGCACCGGCAUCCACAGGAGACGCCGCUAUUAGAAAAGAAUCCAUAGCGGAGAGCACAUACAGAAGAUCAAGCAGCAGGAGACGGCAAGGGAAGAGAGAUCUCAUCGUUACGCUUUCUCAGCAAAAUAAAAAACAGAACAGAGCAGGAGGAGGACGUGGAGGAGGAGAGAGCGCCGAGGAGCGGAGGAGAACGAGUCACCAAGAAGCCGCUGACUACGACAGAAUUCCCAAAUGGAGACAAAGAAUCAGCCACCGGUGACGAGCAGUUACCACCAUCAGCGGGCACCGCGUACUCCGGAGUCGUACUUCAACGUGCCGGAAUCGGUGGCCCUGCUGAAUAUCGUCAAGUCGGAGCGCAUCCAGAGCGCCUUCCAGUCCAACCGUAAGAACCAUGCCAGCGUUUGGGAGAUGGUCGCCGAGGUGCUCAACCGCUUUAGCGCCCGAAAGCGGACGGCCAAGCAAUGUUGCAAUCGGUAUGAGAACCUCAAGAAGAUCUACACACAACUGAAGAAGAAUCCGGAGCGACAUGUUCGCCGCAACUGGCCAUACAUGUUCCUGUUCAAGGAGAUCGAGGAGCAGCGCGGUGAGUGCUGGGGCUCCAAUGGCAAGCGCAUAGCGCUCAUCUCCAAGAACCACAACGAACUCUCCUACUACCAGCGACGCAGGCAGGCGGCGGAGCUCAGUGUCCUGCUCAACAAGGACAACCUUACGCCGCACCAGCACAGUCUCCUGCAAAGCCUCAGCCAGAGCCACACGCACUCGCAUCCCCACUCGCAUGCCCACUCCACGGACUCCUCGCAGAGCGGGAGCAAAGUGGAGCGCUUCCUGCCCAAUCACUUCGUGGAAACCCAGCUGAAUGAUGUCCCCUGUCCCAGUGGCAGUGCGGGCAAUGGUGGCGUCGGUGUCGGUGGCAUGCCCAGCGGCGUCUAUGACGAGAAUCCCCUCCAGCUACAGGUAGCUGCCGCUGCUGCAGCAGCCGCCGUUGCUGUGGCCGCCCAGAAACGGCAUGAGCUUCAAAUGGGACAGAAUGCCGGUGGUCCUCAGAUUGCGACUGAGGAGGACGACGAGGAUGACCCCCAAGGGGCUGCAUUUAAGGAUCACCUUCAUGGCCACAAUCAUAGUCAUGGGUUGGGUCAUGGCCACCCCCAUGGUCUGGGCCAUGGUCCGUUGGAUGAUUCUGGGGAGGCACCCGACUUCGAGAAGCACACCAAUGGAGCCCUCAACUUGCAUCACCAGAACAGCAGCCAGCAUGACAACAACAUAUCCAUGAAAUCUGAGCCACUCUCGGAGGGGGAGUUCAACCCGGACGAUAUCCAACUGAUGCCAUCGAACUACAAUGGCGCCCAAAACUUCUACUCGCAGGGUCUGGAUCCCAAUAUCCUGCAUCCGGACGUAAUCGUUGACACCGAUCAUCUAUCCGACUGCACCUCAUCCACGCUGAUGAAGAAGAAGCGCAAGCUGUCCACCUCGACCGAUGGCGACAGCACAAACUACGAGCUAAUCGAGUAUCUCAAGCGGCGUGAGAAACGCGACGAGGAGUUACUCAAACGGAUGGAUGCGCGAGAGGAGCGGCUGAUGGGUCUGCUGGAGCGUACAGUGGUGGCCAUUGAGGCGCUGGCCGUGAAACGCCUGCAGCCGCAUCUGCAAUCGCAGCUGGCUGCUCCUCCGGCGCCUAUUUCGAGAAAGAUUGCAGGGCCGGUGGUUACGGUGCCGGUAAUAGUCCCGCCAGCAGAUCCCACAAUUACACUGAAAGAAGCACGCUUGGCCAAUCCAUCACCCGCGCCUUGGAGAUCCGUGGACAACGAUCACUGUUCAACGAGCGCUGACGCCCACUCGACCGAUGCGCCUGUCGACGAUCCCGAUUGGCAGAUCCUGAGCAAGGCUGCUGCCGAAGCCGCCGAAGCUGCAGAGAAUGAAGGACUCCAGUCAGCAGCCGCAAGAGCAAGCCAGCCAUAGAAUACGCAUACGUGCCACAACCCGCCACAAAUAUUUAUGCCUAGACGCUCGAA